AUGAAGUUCAUCAUUAUGCUCAUUUUACUCGUGCAUGAGGCGUCUGGCAAAUUUCCACUCUGCCACUUCACAUGGGAGAUGAAAAAAGCCAGCCUGGAGUGUCGAGAUGGUUUGGAGAAGCUUGCAGCACCCCCUGCAGGAUGUGUCGGUGAGUGGGACAACGCUUCGUGUUGGCGAAACGCGGCGGUGGGUGAGGUGGUCACCCAACCUUGCCCCGCCCCCCUUUUGCAUCUGUUUGGAAAGAAAGGUAAUUUAAGCAGGAAGUGCACCCAGGAAGGUUGGUCGGACGUCUACCCUGUCAUCGCCUCCGCCUGCUCAUCCAACGACACCGGCCAACCCAAUGAGCUGGUGUUCUACAAAGUAGUGAUGGUUCUGUCCACGCUGGGUCACAGCUUGUCUCUCAUCAGUCUUCUCAGCAGCACCGUCAUCAUCGCGCUCUUCAGGAGGCUUCACUGCAUGAGGAACUACAUCCACAUAAACCUCUUCGCGUCCUUCAUGUUACGUGCCGUGGCCGUGCUCACCAAAGAUCUCCUGCUCUUCUCCGAAGAGGAGGACGAGCUGGACUGCAGCAUUCAGCCGUCUCUGGUGGGUUGUAAGAGCAGCUUAGUGUUCCUCAACUACUCCAUCAUGGCCAACUUCUUCUGGCUGUUGGUGGAGGCGCUCUACCUUCACACGCUGCUGCUGGUCGUCCACGGACGAUGCGCCAGGCUUUCCGUCUACCUCCUCAUCGGCUGGGGAAUCCCGGGCGUCUUCACGCUAGCGUGGAUCUUGUGUCGGAUUCACCUGGACGACACUUGGUGCUGGGAGAGGAAUGAUAAUCCCAUCCCUAGCAGAGUGUUGGACUGGCCCAUUUUGGCCUGUGUUGUUGUGAACUUCAUCCUGUUCAUUAGCAUCAUCCGCAUUCUGGUGCAGAAGUUGCGCUGCACCGACGUAGGUGGCAACGAGCAAUCGCAGUACAAGCGUCUCGCCAAGUCCACCCUCCUGCUCAUUCCUUUGUUUGGGAUCAACUACGUGGUCUUCGCCCACCUGAUGGAGCCCAGCGACACAGUCACGCGGCGGGUCAAGAUCUUCUUUGAGCUCGGACUCGGCUCCUUCCAGGGUCUUAUCGUGGCGGUGCUGUACUGUUUCCUCAAUUGCGAGGUCCAGUGCGAGUUCCGAAGGGUGUGGAAGAGCUUAUCCCUCAAGGGUUAUGUGAGCGGUCGCGAGUGCCGCCCGGGCGUCGUCUCGCCGGCCUGCAACGGCGCCGAGCACUCUGCCCCGUUCCCCAGGAACUCCCGAGCAGCGUCCAUCUUGCAGACGGAGACCUUUAUGCUGUGA